CUCUAUAGUAUUCUUGAGAAUAAACUAUAGACAAAGAGCAAGGACAAAGAGUAUAUUUUUAAUCGACUGUUUGCUAUAGAAAACCAUUUUCUGAGAUUUUUACUCAUUAGAACUACUAUAACGUUGGCCAUACUGACGGCUAGUAAACAAGUUUAACCUAACUUUAACUGAUGUUUUUUCUUUCCAAAUCAAUGAAAACAUUAUAAAUAACACGUCGAACAUGUCUGAAGGGGCAAAAAGCUUUGAAAACUUAUGCCGAACAUGUUUGGCACAGGUGCCUCAAGAUGCCUUAACGCAAAUCUUCGGAAACGAAGUUCUAGAAGAAAAAAUAAUUGACCUUACCAAUAUGGCAUUAGGGUUUCACUCCUUUCUCCCUACCAGUAUAUGCAAAACUUGUUUGAAAUAUCUGCUCAUUGCGACACAAUACAAACAACAAAUUCUGAGAGUCGAAUUGCGCUUGCAGAACAUUAUAAAAAUGACUGUUGAUAAUAAUGAUACGGAUUUCGAUUUUCCUUAUAUUACACCUGAGAAUCCAAUUGACGAAGAAAACUUGAACAUUGACCCUGAAUCUUGCAAUGUUAAAGUCGAACCUUCUGAGUCAGGAGAUGAACAUAAUGUAUUAGAGGCAGAGUUAGAAGAGGGUGAAGUUGUUGAGGAAAAUAACACUGAUGAUAACUGUGAUUCAUCUGAACCUAAAGAUCAACCUGAUAAUGACAUAGCUAAUAUUACUGAUGUUUUAAUUAAAACUGAAAACAUACCUAGUGUUGAGGAGGAUCCGAUUGCUGUAAAUGUAAACAAGACUAAAAAUUGGCCAGAACAAAAAUUGGACAGAUAUGUGGAAGGAGUAAACGAUCACGAGUAUACUAUCGUUGUGUUUAAUCCUGAAGUUGAAUGUGAGAUUUGUAAAAUAACUCUGAAAGAUAAAAAAACUUAUAUUGCUCAUGUCAAAGAGGUACAUCCAAAAGAAAAGCCCGUCAAAGAGCCACGUUAUAAGGAUAAACCCGCACUAAUUAGCUGCGAUUUGUGCGAUAAAAAGUUUAAAUAUAACUAUUCUUUGAAGCUUCAUUCGGUAGUACAUACUGGGGAAAAAUUGUACAAAUGUACAUACUGCGAUGAAAAAUUCAAAUCUACGCCAAUGCGAAUUGAACACGAGAAAAUUACUCAUACCGGGGGGAUCACACCUUACAAAUGCGAAAUCUGUCACAAGUUUUUCAACAAAAAAUACAACCUGACGCUCCAUAUAAGGACUCAUACUCGAGAGAAUCCCGUCGCAUGUCCGGAUUGUCCAAAAAGAUUUCGCAAUCGGAGUGCUUUGAGUGCUCACGUGCAGGUUAACCAUUCGGAAAAGAAGUACCAGUGUGAAAUGUGCGGGUACAAAGCUAGUACCAUGUACGUCCUGAAACGUCACAUUAAGAGGCAUGUUUUGGACAAGUCACUGCCAUGUGACGUGUGCAACAAGAUGUUCCAAACGGAAAAAGAUCUUCGCUAUCACAGGAGGAGGCACACGGAACGGUUUGGCUGUUCGAUGUGCAACGUAAAAUUCAGGACAAGGUUGUAUUUGAAGAAGCACAUUGAGGAAUCCCACGAAGGACAGUCUCCGUUCGACUGUAGCAUCUGCAAGCAAAGGUUUGAAUCUGCAAAAGAUUUGAGAUUUCACAGAUUCACUCAGCACCCAAAAAAAUUCAAAUGCGAUCUUUGCAAUCGAAGUUUCCGUAAUAAGGUCAGUCUGGUGAAACAUAGCAAAGUACACGAUGCAGACUUGCCGCAUGAAUGUAAAAAAUGUGGAUCUAAGUUUCAAUAUAAAAUUGGACUAACAAAGCAUAAAAAGGAAGGUUGCAAUGGACGUGUUUCUGAUGAAUCUGAUGACUCAGAACAGUAGGAUUAUUGUAUUUUAGCUAAAAUGGAAGGUUGCAAUGUUGCACAUAUUUUAGAUUUGAUUUUUUAUCUGAUUUAGAAAAGUUAUUUCGUUAAUUUUAUUUAUUAGUUUGUAAAUUUAGAGUUAUUUUAAUAAAUUGGUGUUCAA